AUGCGCCCCUCCGCCUGGUGUCGCGCCUGGCCGCUUCUGCACGACGGCUCCCUCGCCUGGCCUGCCCAGCGCCCCGGCAUCCGCACCCGCUCCGCUCCGUCGCUCGCGCGGCUUCGAUCCACGUCUCUGCACCCGCCCCUCGCUCGACCUGGCUCGACGUCCCGCGACCCGGCCGCGCCCGCCUCCGGCCCCCGCGCGCCGGCUCCUUCCCUCGCCCGCGCGCUGGCUCCACGCGACUCGGCCCCGUCCGGCGUCCCGCUCGUCGCCUCCGUCCAGCUCGACCGGCUCCCGAGCACCGCCACUCCCGCGCCAGCCACUGCUCCGCCCCUGCCGGGCCGCCUCGCCCGCCCGCCGGCUCCCGCGGGCCGGCUUCGCCUUGCCUCGGCCGCCUUGCCCCGCUAG